AUGGCACAGAUUGGAUUUAUACAUUAUGUUUCUGCUGUUUUUAUAUUUGGAGUCUUUGACAAAGCUCUAACAGCAGUGAUCCAAACACAGCAGACUGUGCUGGCAGCAGUGGGAGAAGAUGCUGAAUUCAGCUGUCAGCUCUUGGAGACUAAAGACGUCCUUCAGGUCACAUGGCAGAAAUUAAUACCUAAUGGGGAGGUGAAUGUUGCCACCUACAACAAGUACUUUGGUCAGAGAGUGAAUGAUGGAUAUAAAGAUAAAUUUAAGUUUAAAUAUACUGGACUACAGAACUGCUCCAUAGUCAUCAGGAAUGUGACAGAGCAGGAUGAAGGCUGCUAUCACUGUCUGUUUAACACUUAUCCUGAAGGCUCCUUCACUGGUAAACCCUGCCUUCACGUCUAUGAGCUGCAUGAACCUGUUCUUGAUGUCAGAGAGUCAAACUCUACUGCAGAGUGGGUUGUUUCCUGUUCAGCCACUGGUCGACCUGCUCCCACUGUAACACUCAGUGUCUCACAACAACACCUCAACUUCUCCCAGUACAACACUGUCAGUGUGUCCAACACCAACGCUACAUUCACUGUCACCACUAGAGCUGUGCUCUCAGGUUCACGGAGAAACAGCACACAGGUGGGAUGUACAGCACGAGUGCUCUCUGCUCCUCAGAUAGAGGUCAUUCAGGUCAUUCCUGAGGAUGAUGAUGAUGAUGAUGAUGAUGAUGAUGAUGAUGGUGAGAAUCUCUUUCAAAGUCAUUAA